AUGGCUACACACGAGGAGUUUGUGAGGACGCAGAUCUUCGGGACAGUGUUCGAGAUUACGAACAGGUACACAGGGUUGAACCCGGUCGGGAUGGGGGCGUUUGGGCUGGUGUGUUCUGCAACAGAUACGCUGACGGCACAGCCCGUGGCGAUAAAGAAGAUCAUGAAGCCGUUUUCAACGGCAGUGCUCGCGAAACGGACGUACAGGGAGUUGAAACUGCUCAAACACCUGAGACACGAGAAUCUGAUAUGUCUGCAGGAUAUCUUCCUGUCGCCACUGGAAGACAUAUAUUUCGUGACAGAGUUGCAGGGGACCGACUUGCACAGGUUGUUACAGACAAGGCCCUUGGAGAAACAGUUUGUGCAAUAUUUUUUGUACCAGAUCUUGAGGGGUUUGAAGUACGUGCAUUCGGCUGGGGUCAUCCACAGAGAUUUGAAACCAAGUAACAUCCUUAUCAACGAAAACUGCGACCUCAAGAUCUGCGAUUUCGGGCUCGCGAGGAUCCAGGACCCGCAGAUGACAGGGUACGUCUCGACAAGGUACUACAGGGCACCGGAGAUUAUGCUCACGUGGCAGAAGUACGACGUGGAGGUCGAUAUCUGGUCUGCUGGCUGCAUCUUCGCAGAGAUGAUCGAGGGGAAACCGCUGUUCCCAGGUAAGGACCACGUCCACCAAUUCUCCAUCAUUACAGACCUCUUGGGGUCCCCCCCAGAGGACGUCAUUAACACCAUCUGCUCAGAGAACACUUUGAAAUUCGUCACCUCGCUUCCGCACAGGGACCCGGUGCCCUUCCACGACAGGUUCAAGACAGUGGAACCAGAUGCGGUAGAUUUGCUAGCAAAGAUGCUCGUGUUCGAUCCAAAGAAGAGAAUCACCUCCGCGGAGGCAUUGGCACACCCGUACUUGGCACCUUACCAUGACCCUACAGAUGAACCAGUCGCAGACACAAAAUUCGACUGGCACUUCAACGACGCAGAUUUGCCAGUAGACACCUGGAGGGUCAUGAUGUACUCGGAGAUUCUGGACUUCCACAAAAUCGGCGGCACAAACGGACAGAUAGACACCUCCGCCACGUUCGACGACCAAGUCGUCGCAGCCACCGCGGCGGCUGCAGAGGCGCAGGCGCAGGCGCAUGCACAGGCACAAAUCCGCAGGGACGGCGGAGUCGAGAAGCCAGCAGAGGACAAGCAGGGCCAAGAACAAGACGCCAUCUCCAAAUACGCAAACCAAGCAGUCCACUACGCCAACGAAUUCCAGUAG